UCAAGCAGGCUCUUUGCCGCCAGGUGAGCGUCGCAUCACCGUUGGGCAAAAGCUAACUGCAAAAAUCAACUGCGCACGGAGCCUGCUUCGUCGGUGUCAGCAAACAAAACGUAGUCGACCAUCAAUUGGUGCACGUCCAAUACCCUUCUGGACAAACAGCGGUUAACGGGAAUGAGUAAAAGGACCUAGAAUCAAAAAUUCUGUGAAUAACAUCAGCAUAUUGUUUGAGGACAGUUAGCAACAGCCUAAACUCUGGCAGAACACAGCUUCCGUGAAUUGUCACCUUAACAUUAUUUGCGCUGCCAAAUAGUUAGCAGAUAUGCAGAAAACCUUGCGUGACUGACUGUGUGUGUAUGUGUGGGUGGGUGUGUGUGUGUGUGUGCGCGUGUGUGUGUCUGUGUAUGUGUGAGAGAUAAAUUUGCGUUGACGAUAUCGUAUCCGACCAACAGCUAAUCACAAUCGUCUAUGGCAGCGUUGCGGUUCUCGGAAGACGGUAAUAUCUUAUUUGUCCGCGUAAUAACAACGGCUACUAUGGACAGCGUCAUCAGCAGUAACUAACCUGUCGUGCAAUGAUAACGACAACAACAACCUGACAUCACGACCGAUCUGGACAACAGUGCACGAUGCGUGGGCGGCAGCUGUCUUGAUUAAUUUGACAAACAAGUGCUCAUGCAGCGUGCAUGCCUAGGCCAGCAGGCGAAUAUCAAUGACGACCACAAUUGUCCUAAUAGUAACGAAGGACGAAGAUCGCUCAAAGGACUUCUGUAGUGAUCUACUGUGGAAAAAUCGGAAGACAAAGGUAGCGGCUGUGACAUAGCCGAUGUGCAUGUUCAGGUGAUUGAAUGAGCAGGUGCAGAGUGAAUGCGCGUGACACGGAAAAACGUUUCUACGCAAAAAAAAACUAAUAAACUGAAUCAGAGGGACUACCAUUGUGACACUUAGUGGAUUUAAUGUGCUGUUUGGGUUUCGAGUCGCCAAUAUCAAGCAACAUCGUUUUAGUGAACCUUGUGGACGCUUUGUGAAAGAGACGAACCUAGAACAACUUCGAAAAAUAUUAAAACUAAUAAUAAGCGAACACGUUUUGCGCACGUAAAACUUAUUAGCCGUUGUCUCGAACAGGGAUACUUUUUGCUCAAACUCUGAGCGUUGCGGUGACGCCAAAAGAAAUCACCGUACGUAACUGUGCCGCGAGAAACUUUGUGACCGCCAAAAUUUAAGAAUUGAUCAACAAUAGCCUACGGUGCCUAGGCCAACUCGUGACCUGUCCACCUAAGUCCGAUGUCGGUUACAGCCGGUCGAAUUCUCGCUGUCGUUGUUGUGGCUGUGGUGGUAUGACCGCAAUGCCGCUGCAGCUGGCGACCGAGGCGCCGAGUAGCGUCGUACAGCCGGGCAGUGUCCAACUGGCCCAGCUCGUGCAGACCUCGUGCACCGCCGUCGCGGCUGCUGCCACAGCAGCUGCCUUACAACAACAACAACAGCAGCAGCAUCUGCACAAUCAUAACCACAUCAAUAGCGACGACAUUGCUCCGACGACGACGACGACAAUAGCAACAACGUCAUCAUCAUCAUCGGCUGUGAAUCUGCCCAUAGCCGUCUCGCCAACGACUAAGACAAAUAAAGCAAGUCCAACGGUAGCGAAAGCCUCGGAAUCGGAAAGCUCGUGUCCCUCGUCACCGCGCGGACCGUCUGGCAGUAAGUCAUCCCCAAACUCUCCAAGGCGGAUUUCCGAGAACAACAACGCCACCUCCGAUGUCCCCGAUAGCAAUGACCUAGGUCAUACCGAUAACGGAAUGACCGACGUGGAUCGCAUUGGAUUACAAGCCGAUGCACAUGGAGAGCAGACGACAACGCCGUCUGCAACAGACGACGCAACCAGUCGGGCACGUUUAUCUCAACAGCUGCAGGACCAACUGCAGGAGCUGCAACACCAACAACAACAACAACAAAAGCAGAUGGCAUUUCAGAAUCAACUUCAGCUAGCAAGUCGUAGCUUGAAUAAACGCAAAAACUUUCAGCCCAAAAACAUCCAGCAGGACGAGGUGGCUUUGUCGGCCUCAGUGACCUCGGAUGCACCUCUUGAUCUGAGCGGGCCAGAACCUUCGAAAAGGUCCCAGACCCCGCCUGCGUCACCGUCUCCCGGUGCUGGCCUCCCAGGACCAAUACUUCACGGUGCCACGGUCCUGCCUGCUACGACACAUACUACCCACGUGAUGUUAAAGGAACUACUCUCCCUUUAUGGACUUAACGAGGUGGCGGAGGGUUUUCUCAAGCACUCAAUGCAAAACCAGAAUACUUCCUCAGCGUUUGCCCCUGGCAAGCUUAUCGAAUUAAUGACGUCACUUCCUGGUGGCCAGCUGUUUAACCCUGGAGCCAAUUUCCCAGGCGGUAGCAGCGGAAACCUGACAACAGGCGCCAGCUCAGAAGCCGCCUUGGGGGGCUUGGCACUGCCAGCUGGGGUGAUACCGCCUGGCGGUAGAGUAACGCUAUCCGCGCCCCUCAGUCCCGCGUCCACCUCCUCAUGUUCAUCACUUCCCGAACAGCGGAAUAGCAGUAGUACCGCAUCAAACGGCUCUUCGUCUGGGGCCGUCGGGGGCUCUGGCGUUGGUUCCAGCGGGAGUGCGGGUUAUCCCCAAUCUCCUGACCGUAUUCGGGACGCAUUUCUAGCCAACAGGCUGACACACCAGAUGUUUCCACCGAUGUUGGGAGGCUCCCAGAUGGGAUCCGGGUCAACUGCAUCUACAGCUUCGUGUCUACUGAUGACACCUCCAUCGAUGCAAUCAGUUCACAGGGCCACUGCCCCCUGUGGAACCAGUUUGGGAGGAAGCAUCACCUGCACUAGUAGCAGCUCUAACGUUGGGCCUACCAGCGCCGGCGGAAGUUCAAGCAGCAGCAGCAGCAGUAACAGUUUACUAAUAACGCCACCCACCAAUCUCAACAAGCCUACGAACGCUAACACAGCAAAAGAUGGAAAAAAUGCCGCGCUUGAUUAUUCCCGUUAUAUUCGCCGUUACCCGAGCUCCAAGCACUGCGGCAACAAUUACUGCAAGGACCUCAAUUAUCGUGAGCAUUAUCACUGCCUCGACUGCAACUUCAGGGUGUUCGUGAAGAAGGAAGAGAUGGUUCGUCAUUUCAAAUGGCAUAAGAAACGGGACGAAAGUCUUCAGUACGGAUUUCUACGCUACUCACCAUCAGACGAUUGUUCUGUGAAGUUUCCUGAUUGUGUCCACAACAGAAAACAGACCCAUUACCAUUGCAUGCACGACAAAUGUGACAAGUGCUAUAUUUCAACAUCGGACGUGCAGAUGCACUCAAACUACCAUCGCAAAGAUAUCGCCAUUAUUCAAGAAGGAUUUCAGCGAUUCCGCGCUACCGAGUGCUGCGAAACGCCAGCAUGCGCGUUCUACGGCCAACGGACGACACACUUCCAUUGUAUCCGUGACAACUGUUCGACGACGUUCAAAAAUAAGGCUGAUAUCGAAAAGCAUAAGACGUACCACAUCAAGGACGAACAGCUAGCCAAAGAUGGAUUUAGAAAGUUUCUUAAGCACGAAGCAUGCGUGUUCGCUGGCUGUCGAUUCCACCUUGUAUGCAAUCACAUUCAUUGCAUCCGACCCGGCUGCAAUUACGUACUGCAGAGUUCUGGCCAACUGUAUUCUCACAAGCGGAAACAUGAGCGACAGGAUAGCGAACUCGCUUAUCGGAAAAUCAAGAUGGCGCAAGUCCAACAGCAGGGUGGGAUGUUGUCACCAGGGGAAGCUGCGGCGGCCGCGUUAGCAGCUGCGAUGCCCCCGGGGGCGAUCCUGGGUGUCCCUGGUGACCUGAAGGCACCAGAUUCUCCUCCCGGAGUUUCACAACAAGCACUUCAGUCGCGGUCUGGCACUCCCGGAAGUAACGGACAUAACACGAGCUAUACCCCAGUUGAUACUAGCACGCCGAAGAGCCAGCUUGGCUAUGGGAAGAGUAGUUCGAGUAUCUUCGGCUCGAUAGCUUCAGCCAAUAGCUUGAUACCUGUGGAUGACGAGGACCGGAUGCCGAUCCUUGCGGAUGAUGAUACGUGGACCCGCUUCAUGAACCGUUAUCCCGUUGGCGAUGUGUGCAAGGCCGAUUGCGAUCUCAUGUACCGCGAGCACUACCAUUGUAUUACAGACAACUGUACAGCUGUUAUCCAGGCAGGGCCGAACGGCGAAUCCCGCGAAGCCAAUGAGCAUGCAGCAAGCCAUGAAUAUCAGGAUCGCAUUACGCAAUCUUUUUUUCAUACCGUGGGCAAAAGCAUCGAGGCUGAUUGUACUAAGGAUUUUUGCCCAUACUACCUCCGAGAGAAACACUACCAUUGUAUUUGGCCGGGUUGUAAGGACAUCGUGAGCAGCAGUGACCCGCCAUUCAAGCGGCUCGAACAUUUCAAGUUCCAUGACCUCAACGACAAAAAUGCCAAACCAACCAAAGAGGAAUUAUUAGCACGGACCCCGUGCGCCGUAACAGGCGAUGGCAAUGUCAACUUUCCAAAGAAGCGGGGUCGACCCGCUAAGCUCGAUUCACCUAAGGUAGCCGCUGUAACCGGAGGUACCAGCAGCCCCCUUGCCACACCGGUGGGGAGUGCCACAACGAUCGCACCGGUUACGCCCCUGAAUGGACAACUCGCUGCACAACUUCAGAAUACGAUGCGCCUUUUGGCUGAAGGCCAGCAACAUCAGCAGCAGCAGCAGCAGCAGCACCAGCAGCAGCACCAGCAACAACAACAGCAACAAGUGCACAUGCAGGCAAAUGCAGAUGACUCUCUGGGCUGUAUACCCCGUUCGCUCGACGACUCCCUUCUUUCUGGUCAAGCAGAUGGCGGCGCUCUCUGUUCAGUAGAAGGCUUCGACGUAUUCCGCUUGGGCGGACCAUGCCCUGACGAGCUCUGCGCGUUCUCGGAAUGCGACCGCCAUUUCCACUGCACAGUACCACGAUGCCAUUAUGCGACCAACCGAGAAGAUAUUCUCGAGCUGCACUCGAAAGAUUUUCAUGACAGCAUAGAUAUUGGCGAAACUUACGAGUUCUACGACCGUAGCGUGGACUGCCGUCGACAGAACUGCGAAAGCAAUCGACGCAGUAGGCAUUUCCACUGUACUCGUGAUGGUUGCGAUUUCUCGUUCGUGCGCGUCUCAGCCAUCAGUGCACACGACGCAACGCACGCCUCCCAGGCGCAGACAAUAGCACAUCACUCGGCGGCAUCGUUGGUUACUGGCACAGGUUCUCCAUCCCCGGGGGCGCCACUUACACCGGUGACGCCGGUAAAGUGUGAGCCAACCGUUGGCGAACUAUCGGCCAGCCAGGCUACCUUGUCGUCCCCUGAAGACCAAAGAAACGCCAACUCGUCACCGUUCUCGAAGAAGACAUCCGAUGGUGAAGAAUCGAAGUUAACAGCCGCAAGCAGCAGUCCCGAUCAGUCGCCGCAGGCUGGCUCCAUUGGUGGAGGAAGUAGUGGUGGGGCAGGCGCUGGACUAGCUGGCAUGGUCAAAUCGGCUGGCAUUUUCUUUCCACUGUCGGCUCUCCACAAAGAAGCAACCCUCCUCAAGGAGGAGCCGCCGAGUCCUUUGAGCAGUACUGGAGCACCAGAUCAGGCCGCAGCACUCGCGUUGCAGCAGCAGUUAAGCGGACUGCUACGUACGCCCGAAUCAGGAGAUGCCAGUAGCAUCCUUCAGAGUCCUCGCUUUGCCGGAUCUGUGUGCCUUUCAGGUGCACCCCUUUUCUGGGGCUUGAGUGGAUCCCCUCAGGCCACCGCCGCAGCCGCUCAAGGCUAUAUGCACGGUAUGCUUUCACUAGGUGAUCUCAGCCAGGCAGCCAGUCCAUUGGUCGCCAUUGCCGCGAGCAACCUUCAACAGCAGCAACAGCUGCCAACUGAAUUGCAACUCCAUCACCAAUUGGCUAACUCUGCCCAAUCACCGCUGGCUGGCACAAACCCCGAGUUCCUCUACGGUGUCGCAGGCGGUGUCGGAAACGUCUCUGCUGCUCUCGGAGAGAAACGAACCUUCCCCUUCAAUAGCUGCGCAAUCCCAAGUCCUCCGGGGAGUGUCGCGACCGGAGGAGCCAAACGUCCUCGGUCCAAUCCAUCUGCCGCAAGGCCAGAACGUCCCGAAGAGCCUGUUCCCCCCGGCUAUGCUAAGUUCCGCUUUAACGAGGACUGCCGCCACGACGGGUGCAACUAUCGGGAGCACCAAACACACUUCCACUGCGAGCGUAUGGAUUGUGGCUAUUCAUUCUGCGACAAGACUCGCUUCUCGCAGCACUCCGCCCGCCAUGACCGCUUGGACAGUGUUAUGGGCAGCGAUUUUCGCCAGUUUAGAGCGGGCGUAUCCUGCGGCCGGCAGGACUGCACAUUUGGGUUGGCAACGCAAGCGAAAGUGCCUGGCGCCGCAAAGGCAUCGCACUACCAUUGCAGCAAGUGCGAUUUCGUCUGCUCGGAUACUAACAAAGUGGCUGCACAUCGGAAGCAACAUGCCAAGUUGGACUCUGUCGCAGCAGCGGGAUUCGAAAAGUUUGGUCCUCCUGGAUCAGGCUCGCGGGAUUGCCCCGUCGAAGGAUGUGCCCACGCCAAGCAGACACAUUACCACUGUCUUAUCUGUCGACAUUGUGUUCUCGGACUGGCCCAGAUGUCUGCACAUAAAUAUAAACAUCUCGAUGAACAACAGUCAGGGGCGACUAGCCCAGACCACGAUCACGGAUCCGGCUUGACGUCAGAUCAACUGUCUUCGCUCACAACGGCUGCCGCGGCCGAUGCCGUUAUAACAGUUGGAGCACAACAGCCGUCGCCGGCCACAACGGCGGUCUAAGGCGAAGAGUUUUGGCUUAGAAGUGAUUUUCCAACCUCCGCACGCCUUUGGCGCUCGAGUACACAGUUGGUGUCUGAAGGUGUAAAGAAGUUCCUGGUAAAAGCCGAUUGUAGAAGGGCCUUGCGUCCGCCUGUGACUGUGUACAGCGGUGUGCUUAUGAAACAGCAACGAACCAAAGCCAUGGACAAAACGCAAACAUUGUAAGUGCAAUCAAAUCCGCAAGCAAAAAUGCUUAGUAUAACGGAUUCCAAUAAAUUGUAUGCUGAAUAGUCUCUAAUGAGCAACUUGUCAGGAAACCCUUUGAGUAAUGACUUUAUCUAAAAAAGGGAUAAAGAGGAACAGAUCUGACUUCUCCUUGAAGGAGUGCUGAAUUAAGAAUGUGGCAAGCCAGCAUUAUGUCACCGAUCAUAUGAUGUAGACGAGUCCAUUAUAUUUGUACCGCCAAGCAAUGUCUCUAGAUUAUCAGGCAACAAACAUGUGAAGCUUCGUAGAAGCUGCACACAACAUAUAAAUAGAAUCACGCUGGUGAUCAUAUAUAUAUAUAUUAAUUACUCUAUUGUGCUUCAACGGCUGUCAUUCAGGGGCAAAUGAAUACGCUGUAUAUAUCGAACAAGCAUAUUCGAAAUGUCUUGCCUUUAGAUGCCUGUCGAAAAAAAGCUAAGCGAAGGGCAAGCUUUGAGAACACACGAAGAUAAUACCAUUAUUAUUAACAAAUGUUACUACAUCAUAUUCCUUAAGAAAUAAGCGCAAAUUAUAUGAAAAAACGCAGCCGAACUACAAUGUUUAAAGGAAGUUAGAGAUCUUUUCUUAACGUAACGGUAAGAAUGAUAUGGCACGUAUGGUAUGAUAGGCCAUUUUAUGUGCUGCCUGUAGUUAUACCUGAUGGCCUACGGACCACUAAGGGCUAUAAGAAAAGAAUAACUAUUAAUAUAUGAAAUAGCAUAAUCGAAUCCGGACAGUGAACAGGUCCUUCUCAGAAUAUUGCCGACUUUGCUGUAUACAGAGAAAAUUGGGAAACCGAUUUGCUAUCAGUCGUAGCAGGCAAUCCUUUCCCUUUUCACUAUUCUAAUUGUCUGCCCGAUAAUAAGUCCUUGGUCAACCGGUGUAAUUGCGGGACGAUUGCACAUCUGUGAGCAGCUUUUAGGCAAAGGGAUGCUGAGUCCGACAACUUUUUUCUUUGAACUUCUUUCGCUUAAGCGACAACUGGCACAAAGUGUCCGGGAACUAUACAGCUAAGAGCCCCCGCAUCUAUCUCGCUUCCAUAUUGAUAACAGUGAUGAUAAAUGUAUCACAGUAAUUAUUAAGAAAAAAUAAUCAUAUGUUGAGUAAUUAUUAUAUAUUGCGAUGUAUUAGUACUUAUUACAAGUCGGCAGCGUUAUUUAGGUGUACCUCUUGAGCGUUUCAAAGAUGCGAAAAGAACAAAAAAAAAAACAACGAAUGUCUACGUCCGACAUAAUGCGUUGAAGUGAAGACCGUAAAAAACUUGCGCCGGUUGAAAUACUUAACCCAUAUGUUCCAGAAUAAAAAACAAUGGUCUGCUCAAGCAGACUAAGUAUUCUCGUCUGCUAAAGCAGACUACAGCCUCGCGUCUGCAUAGCAGACGCUACUUGUCAUUAAAAGUGACUACAUAAAAUGACGCUGCAAAUAAUAUCUCGUUCGAUGGUGUGAAUGUAUGAGUGACCAAAUCAUUGGGGCAGAGGUAUACUGGGCGUGUGUAUGUAUCCAAUCGGAACCGAAAAUUACUCUUGCUGCUAGAAAGCCCGAAAAGUUCGCGGCAACGAAAAUGAAAAAUAAAAACAGAAGCGAGAGAGUGAUACGUAAGAGGAAUGGAGAGACAAUUAAAGAAAACAAAGAAGCUUUCAAAAAAGCUCGGUGUACAUUUGAAAAGCAAGACGAUAGAAGUCUUCUAAUGGAAUUAUCCUGUGUGACAUCGCAGAUGACAGCGUGGGCUUUAUACAGAAACAUAAUAGGAAACGAUAUGUUAAUAGUACGAAAUGAGAGUAACUCCAGGGAACGAGCUACAGUAUGAAUUAGGUAGUUACUUACGCAUAGAUUACAAAAUCUUAUCGUUAGGGAAAUGACGCCACGGAUAUUACUGAGAAUUUAACGUAGCUUUUCAAUCUCUCCGUCGUGAUGGGUAUUAUAAUUGAUUUACUUCAAGCCUACGUUGCGCACAACAUGAAAUUUGUAUUUGUCCGGAAGAACUCCGGAUAAGGAUACACCAAUAAAAUUCACGAGGAAAACUAUGAAUGGGAAUAACAUUAUAGUAGUAACGGUGAUCGGCGUAGUCAAGUCCCUCCUUCGAAUCC